UUGUCUUUUUCAAGACAGAGUGCUUUUGGAGGAGAAUAAUGUCUUCAGAGAGUGAUGGUGAUGAAGACGGGUCUACAAAGUCACCCGUAGACUCGAAAAAGAGGCGAUUACAUAACUCUGUAAAAUCGAACGAUGUCGAUAAGUAUAAGCCUUACUCUAAACCCGAUUAUAAGCGAUCCUACCCGGAUAAUAGUAACAUAGAAGAGUUCCCUGUUUACGUACAGGGAAUUAAACUGGAAGAUAAGAUAGGUAAUAAAAAUCCUUUGCAUUUAUCAAAAAUUUUCAAAAACGUGAAGGGCAUUAAGGAAUGUCGUCGAGUUAAUGCGGCCAAAAUUAUGCUGGUUUUCAAACAAGCUGCAGCUGCUAAUGAUUUUCUGAGUCACGUUAGCUUACGUGACAAUAAUAUGAAAGCUUUUGUACCAGCCUCUUCGGUGGAGCGAGUGGGUAAAAUUCGUUUUAUCCCUAAAGAAUGCAGUAACGCGGAUUUAUACCACAAAUUAAUGGCUGACUCUGAAAUUGUUGGUGUUAGACGUUUUAUGAAAAGAACUUGUGAUGGUUUGGAACCCCUUACUACUAUAAGCGUUACCUUUGUAGGUACUGUUCUCCCUCAGUAUGUUUAUUUAGACAACUGGCGUUACAAAGUUUUCACUUAUAUUCCUCCUCUCAUGCAAUGUUUUAAAUGCAUGAAAUUUAGACACAGUGCCAAAGUAUGUAGAAACAAUCAGGUUUGUUCAAAGUGUUCAGGUGAUCAUUCCUAUAAGGAAUGCUCAGCUGAAUUUUUAAAGUGUGUUAACUGUGGAGGAGACCACUUGGCAGUAUCCAGGUUUUGUCCUCAAAAAGCAGCUCAGAUUAAAAAACAUGAAAAUAAUUAUUCAUCUAAAAUGUAUUCAACUGUAUUAUUGUCUAGUGAUUUUCCUCAGUUACCUAGUGAUAAAUCAGUUGUAAAGUUGGCUCACAAUAAAUUAGCUUCACCUACUGUCCAACCUAAGAAAAAAAAGUUAUCACAAAAUUCAUCAGAUAGUUCAAUUUCAGUCCAGUCUACUCCUCCUAAUAGUGGUUCCUAUGAUCACCUCAUUAAAGAUGAUCAGUUCUUGGGUAAAAUUAUUAAAACUUUAGUUAUGUUAGGCAAUUCUAAUACAGCAAACACAACUGCACACAUUAAGGAUAUAUUAAUACAAAACUUAACAAAAUAAUGGAUUAUUUACGAUUAAUGCAACAUAACAUACAGAGUAUCAAUAAUAAAAAACCUCUUCUUAAAUCUUUAUUAUAUGAUAAUAAAAUAGAUGUGUGCUUGCUAAAUGAAACUUGGUUAAAAGAUUCUGGUCUGCCUUUUUAUAUGCCUGGUUAUAUAUUUGUUGGAAAAAAUGCUAAAAAUAAGCAUGGAGGUGUAGGUAUUUUAAUAAAAAAUGAUAUUAAAUUUAAGGUCUUAAAAACUACUUUCUAUCAAAAUAUUCAAUUUAUAGCUAUUUCUAUAAUAACAGGAUGUGGUCCUGUCUCAGUGCUCUGUGUCUACUGUCCACCAAAUAAUAGCUCAAUUAGUUUGAUUAAUUUGAGAAAGAUUAUUUUGCAAUUACCCAAGCCUUGUCUUGUAUCUGGUGAUUUUAAUGCUCAUAAUAUAGCUUUUGGUUGUGAUACUACCAAUUCAAGAGGUCGUGAAUUAUUUGAUAUAUUUGAUGAUGCUGAUUUAUGUAUUUUAAAUUCUGGUGACCCUACUACUAUUUCUAGACCUGGUAAUAAUGCAUCAGCCAUUGAUGUUACUUGUGUUAGCCCUGAUAUUGCACCACUUUGUGAGUGGUAUGUCGGUGAUGACUCUUUAGGGAGCUAUCAUUUACCUACUUUUGUUAACAUCAUUACCUCAACUCAAAAAUAUACAGUUCAAGAGUCUAUACAUAAGUAUUUAUAUAAUAAAACAAACUGGAAUAUGUACAAUGAUAAAUCCAAAGAUAUAUUUGAUAAAUUUUCUCCUUCAACAAUUGAUCCUUUAGUUCAAUAUGAUGAAUUUUCUAAAUUACUACUUAGUUUAAAAGAAAACUGUGUUCCAUUGUUAAAGCAUAAAUCUUCUAGUAAAAAGUCUGCUCCUCCAGCUCCUUGGUGGAAUGAUACUUGUGCCGAGGCUGUAACCAAAUCAAGAGAAGCGUUAGCUAAUUAUAGACGUAAUAUGACAAUGGACAAUUAUAUAGAAUAUAAGAAAAUAGAUUCGAGGAAAAAAAUUAUUAUAAAAAUGGCUAAGAAAGACAGUUGGAAAAGUCUUU